AAGGAAUCAUUCAUCGUCAAACUCGUGCGUAAACUCGUGCCAUGUGUCGCUCCUAGCGAUCGUACACAUGCGAUUGAGGUGGAUGUCGACGACGCUACGCGACACAAGGCCACUGACGCGGCCAACGGUGCCCCAGCGCCCGUAGCCGACACCAGUGCACCCAGCGAAAAGCCGGUUGAAGUCAAGGAGCAGGAACGGGAAAAGCCAAAUCUUGUGGUAGAGGUAUCCCCUCCCGCAGUGGAAACCAACACUGCAGAAAUUGAGAUUAUUGUUCCCCCCACGCCAACCAAGGCCCUCCUCCCAAUAUCCGAAACAGAGGGGGUGACCAGCGGAGCUGUCCAACCUCCAGGAUCGACUGGCGCGGACAUCUUCUCCUCAGCAUCAUCUCCUGUAGAUGUAUCGCAUACACCAUCUGGGAGUACCCCAUCACAUGCUGGAGACACCUCACAUACAGCAACAGAUUCCGAAGGUAGCUUCACGGAUGAAGAGGACGACGAAGAUACUCUGAUCCUCAAUGGAGGUGCGGGUAUUCCUAUAGGGCCCGAUGGUGAAUUGCGUCCGCUCCUGCCACCGAUCGCGCCCCACCACGUGGGGCGCAAAUGUCUCGUUCUCGACUUGGACGAAACCCUUGUCCACAGCAGUUUCAAGUCCAUUCAGCAAGCGGAUUACGUUGUUCCAGUGGAAAUUGAGUACCAUUGGCACAAUGUAUACGUCAUCAAGCGCCCGGGGGUCGACAACUUCCUGAAGAAGAUGGGCGAAAUUUAUGAGGUGGUGGUCUUUACCGCUAGUUUGAGCAAGUACGCCGACCCAGUUCUAGAUAAGCUGGACAUUCAUCAAGUGGUGUCGCAUCGACUAUUUAGAGAGAGUUGCUAUAAUCACAAGGGGAACUAUGUCAAGGAUCUCUCCCAACUGGGCCGUCCUAUUGCAGAUACCAUUAUUCUGGACAACUCUCCAGCAUCAUACAUCUUUCAUCCCAACAAUGCAGUCCCUGUCUCGUCGUGGUUCAAUGACCCACAUGACACAGAGCUCACCGAUCUUUGUCCUUUCCUUGCGGACCUUGCAGAAGUGAGAGAUGUUCGGGGCGUCUUGGAUGGCGGUCUGUAGGGGUAGCGGGUACAUGGGAUAUGAGGAAAAGGAACAUUACGGGAGAGCAGUAGGCUUGCGAGCACAAAUUCUCUGAGUGUUGUGAUGCUGGUCAAGCUCUCCUGUUUUUUUAUUACAGGUCAAUGCAACGCACUUCAUAUCCCAAUGUUUUGCGCUACCCCACAAGUUCUGUCGCAUCCUUGCUCUACGUCUCGAUGGCGCCUUUGGCCGAUUAUGCGAUCUCUUAUCUUUCCGCCCUCUCCGCAUUGCCCUCAUCAUGACCCCCUUCAUCCAUUCUGCAUCUGUUACGCUUUCCCAUGCCCGAUAUACCCUACAUAUCUAACAUGACUUUCAACGCUCAAGUGUAUUGGCCAAACUUUGAUGACGAUACCCUUCUGCCUUCC